AUGGAUCACGUGUUUGCUGUUCUGGAAGAGCAUGCAGCUAAUUUGGAAAACGAAAUCCAGGAGCGAAUGAAAGAGUUAAUUGAAGAAAAGAAGAAAAGUGACUUACUUCUCUACAGAAUGCUACCUAAAGUGGUAGCAGAUAAGCUGAAAGCCGGUCAGUGGGUGGAACCAGAAUCCUUUGAAAGUGUUACGAUAUUUUUCUCCGACGUCGUCUCAUUUACAACGCUCGCAAACAAAAGCACGCCACUGCAGGUUGUUGUGCUGCUAAACAGUCUCUACACGAAUUUUGACUCAAUUAUUGAAGCCCAUGGUGUUUACAAGGUUGAAACUAUUGGUGACGGAUAUUUGUGCGUUUCCGGUUUACCGAUUCGUAACGGUAAUCAGCAUGCUCAUGAUAUUGCGGAAAUGUCAUUUGAUUUUCUAGAAAGCAUAAAAGUGUUUCGUGUUCCACACUUGCCUGACGAACGAAUGCAGAUACGAAUUGGAUUCCAUACUGGACCUUGCGUUGCCGGUGUUGUGGGUAUUGCAAUGCCACGAUAUUGCUUGUUUGGUGAUUCCGUAAAUACUGCAUCCCGUAUGGAAAGCAGUGGAAAACGUAACUGUUAA